AUGCGGCCGCAGCUGUUUCGUGCGGCCGCCCGGUCUCUCCGGGUGCCCAGGGCCCGUGCCUUCGCGACAACAGCCCCUCGCGCGGCCGAGGUGGAACUGACCAUUGAUGGCAAGAAGGUGUCUGUUGAAGCCGGCUCGGCUCUCAUCCAGGCUUGCGAGAAAGCAGGUGCCACGAUCCCCAGAUACUGCUACCACGAAAAACUAUUGAUUGCAGGAAACUGCCGUAUGUGUCUCGUCGAAGUCGAGCGCGCCCCCAAGCCCGUGGCCUCCUGCGCCUGGCCCGUUCAGCCCGGAAUGGUGGUCAAGACGAAUUCGCCGCUGGUCCACAAAGCGAGAGAGGGUGUGAUGGAGUUCCUUCUGGCUAACCACCCCCUUGACUGCCCUGUCUGUGAUCAGGGAGGAGAGUGCGAUCUUCAGGACCAGUCAAUGCGUUAUGGAGCUGACCGCGGUCGGUUCCACGAGAUUGGUGGUAAGCGUGCGGUGGAGGACAAGAAUAUUGGUCCUUUGGUUAAGACCUCGAUGAACCGCUGCAUUCACUGCACUCGCUGUGUACGAUUCAUGAACGAUGUGGCCGGAGCCCCCGAGCUGGGAACUACUGGCCGUGGUAACGACAUGCAGAUCGGAACCUACCUCGAGCAAAACCUCAACUCGGAAUUGUCUGGCAACGUUGUCGACCUUUGCCCUGUCGGUGCCUUGACCUCCAAGCCUUAUGCUUUCCGUGCCCGUCCCUGGGAGCUCAAGCACACCGAGUCCAUCGAUGUUCUUGACGCCCUCGGCUCCAACAUCCGAAUUGAUAGCCGCGGUCUGGAAGUGAUGCGUGUCAUUCCCAGACUGAACGACGACAUCAACGAGGAAUGGAUCAACGACAAGUCGCGCUUUGCCUGUGACGGACUGAAGACUCAGCGUCUCACCACCCCCUUGAUCCGUCGCGACGGAAAGUUCGUUCCCUCAACCUGGGAGCAGGCUCUGGCCGAAAUCGCCGAGGCUCAGCAGAAGCUGCAGCUGCAGCCCAAUGAGUUCAAGGCCGUGGCAGGCCACCUGGUUGAUACCGAAUCUCUCGUUGCCAUGAAGGACAUGGCUAACAAGCUGGGUUCCGAUAACCUUGCCCUGGAUCAGCCCGGCGGCAGUGCUCCCAUUGCCCACGGUAUUGAUGUUCGCUCCAACUACCUUUUCAACUCCAAGAUCUACGGUAUCGAGGAGGCCGACGCUAUCCUUUUGGUUGCCACCAACCCCCGCCACGAAGCUUCCGUUCUGAACGCCCGCAUUCGCAAGCAGUACCUGCGUUCCGACCUGGAGAUCGGUCUCGUCGGCGAGGAAUUCGAAAGCACCUUUGAGUACCAGAACUUGGGUGUCGAUGCCUCCGCUCUGAAGUCUGCCCUGUCAGGCGAGUUCGGCAAGAAGCUGGCUGGUGCCCGCCGGCCCAUGAUUAUCGUCGGUAGUGCCGCGGCUGAGCACGCUGAUGCCAAGACCAUCUUCGAGACCGUUGGCAACUUCGUCGAGAAGCACGCCAGCAACUUCAACACCCCUGAGUGGCAAGGCUACAACGUCCUGCAGCGUGCUGCUUCUCGGGCUGGUGCUUACGAGAUGAUCUGGCUCCUGGGCGCCGAUGAGAUCUCUCAGAGCGAGAUCCCCAAGGAUGCCUUUGUGGUCUACCAGGGCCACCACGGUGACCGGGGUGCCCAGCUCGCCGAUGUCGUUCUCCCCGGUGCUGCCUACACCGAGAAGUCCGCUACUUACAUCAACACUGAGGGACGCGUGCAGGUUACUCGGGCUGCCACAUCGCUGCCUGGUGCUGCUCGUGACGACUGGAAGAUCAUUCGUGCUACUAGCGAGUUCCUUAGCGUUCCUCUUCCUUACGACGAUAUUGAGGCCCUCCGUGACCGCAUGGAGGAGAUCAGCCCCGUGAUGCGCCGCUAUGACGUUGUCGAGCCCACAUCUGUCAGCGCCUUGAGCAGGGUCCAGCUGGCCGACCAGAACAAGGGUUCCUCGGCCACUGGAGCUCCUUUCAAGAAGGUUAUUGAGGACUUCUAUUUCACUGACUCUAUCUCCAGAAGCUCCCCUACCAUGGCCCGCUGCUCGGCUGCUAAGGCUACUGGCAACCCUGAGACCAACUUCAUGGCUGCCGGAGAGAUGUCUCCUCAGGCCCUGUACGGCUAA